AUGUCUCCAACCCCACUCUUCGCUGUCGGUGAGCUCGUCGGAUGUGUUCACGGCAAUCACAACGAGGUUUAUGAUGCCAAGAUCACCGCCAUCAGUGGGAAGAAAGGAGUGGAAGUCUACCAUGUUCAUUUUAUGGGAUGGAACGUUCGACAUGACAUCACUAUUCCAGUAGGAAAAGAAGAUGGAGUUUUGAUGAAGAGGGACCAGGAGGAAGUGCCGAAGAAAAAGAUCAGAAAGAGCACAGGAAAGAUCACUGCUCCGAAAAAGCAAGCUUCGGAAGACCAUCAGAUGGAGGACGACGAGGAAGAGCGCAUGGCACAGGUUCGGCUUCGUCUUCACAAGCCAAUGGUCCCAAUGUCCUACGAAGUUCCUCGGUCUCUUGCCAUGCCCCUCGUAGCUGAUAUGAAGCUGGUCAAGAAUGGAUUCUUGACGAAGUCACCAGCUAAGAUCCCUCUGGAUAAGAUUGUCGAGGACUACCUCGCCAGCCUUCCAAAGGCAACCGCGGAGGAACAGGAGAAUCAUUCAUUCGCGGAUCUGAGCACGAGGUUCAUUGUGGAUUUCUUCAAUGAGUGGCUAGGCUCUGGCCUCCUGUACGAGACCGAACGCUCCCACUACAACCUCCAAAUCAAGCAGGCCAAGAAAGCCAAGGUCAUCGAGGAUUCUGAAAACGAUUCUGUCAACUUUCGCGCUUCUGGUCACUAUGGGCUCAUCCAUUUGCUCCGUCUCUUCUCGAAGCUUCCGGAUUUCUUGGAGCUCGAUAGUCAAUAUCAAGUGGAGUUGCUCAACAAGUGGGUCACGAAGUUUGCCGAGUUCUUGGAGAGCAACCUGAACCGCUACUACGAUCCGUUGGCAGACUACGAGCCCAAGAUCACCAAGGAAGAGCUCAUCGAAAUCGUAAAUUCUCGUGUUUAG